AGGGGUUUGUUCCAAAAUGGCGGAGCGUGGCUACAGCUUCUCCCUCACUACGUUCAGUCCUUCUGGAAAGCUUGUUCAGAUUGAAUAUGCUUUGGCUGCAGUGGCUGCAGGAGCUCCAUCAGUUGGGAUUAAAGCUGCAAAUGGAGUCGUGUUGGCAACUGAGAAGAAGCAGAAAUCCAUUCUUUAUGAUGAAAGGAGUGUCCACAAAGUAGAACCAAUUACCAAACAUAUAGGUUUAGUGUACAGCGGUAUGGGUCCAGAUUACAGAGUACUUGUGCACAGAGCUCGGAAGCUGGCGCAGCAAUAUUACUUGGUUUAUCAUGAGCCCAUUCCAACAGCUCAGCUAGUACAGAGAAUUGCUUCUGUGAUGCAGGAAUACACGCAAUCUGGUGGUGUUCGUCCGUUUGGUGUAUCACUGCUAAUAUGUGGCUGGAAUGAAGGGCGGCCGUAUUUAUUUCAGUCGGAUCCAUCUGGAGCUUACUUUGCAUGGAAAGCAACAGCAAUGGGAAAAAAUUACGUCAAUGGGAAAACAUUCCUUGAGAAAAGAUACAAUGAAGAUUUGGAGCUUGAAGAUGCCAUUCAUACAGCUAUCUUAACACUAAAGGAGAGCUUUGAAGGGCAAAUGACAGAAGACAACAUCGAAGUUGGCAUCUGUAAUGAAGCUGGUUUUAGGAGGCUUACUCCAACUGAGGUUAAGGACUACUUGGCUGCAAUAGCCUAGUAGAAACGGAGCAAGACUGUGUGAUUCACACAAAGGUCUUUUUAAUUUUGGCUACUUAAAUGUUUUUGUUUGCAGUUUUUGCAUACUUAUUUCUACAUGGUUUGUCUGAGAGAUUUUUUAACUAUCAUGGGUGCAAAUGCGACAGUCCUAAUAUUGUAAUACAUGGAAUCUUAUUACAGGUAAUUCUUUCCCUUGAUACAUGGAAUCUUUGUACACAAAAUACUGUACAAAAUGUAAAGUUAUAAUGACAGCUUGAAAAAGGCUAAAGAAUAAAAUUUCAAGGCCACUGUUUUGGGGGAAGGUGUCUGUGUGUCUUUUUAAUCAUAGCUUGUUUAUCUGCAUAAAGCUGAGAUUUCAGUAUCUUUAUUGUUGAGGAAAGAGAAUUUUCCACAUACGUAUCAGCCAUGAUGAACUCACGUUAGACUUUCUUUUAAAGAAUUUAAAUUUUGAGUGGACAGGAUAAUUUUUUCACUUUGGAAUUUUGUUUACAUGUUAAGUAACUUCCAAAAAUGGUUUUAUCUGGUGUAAGUGAUCAUGUACUUUCACAAAGAGGCAGAACAGUCUUCCAUUUCAGGUACGAACUGUGAUCUACCUGAGCAUCUCUGCUUUUGACCCUCUUGGUCUUUGUGUCUCAAGAAUUUGUUUUCUCUUCCUUGGGUUAUUUUUGUGGCCCUAGAAAUUGCACUUUUUCAACCCUGAAAUAUUGCUAGAAAUAAUGGAAGUAAUAACUUACUGAAAACUAAAUGCCUUUAUCACCAUCAAUAAAAAUCAACUGGAUUUACAAAGCAAAAUGAGAAUAUGUAAUGUAAUUACUUUAUCCCUUGAAUUGUGCUAAAGUAUUUUCCAACUUUCUAUUUCUAACUCUAAAAGUGCAGUAAUGAAAAGAGCACUUAAUUUAUGCAUCACAACUUCUACAGGUGCAGAACUAGGUGCUUGAAUAUUACUGUGUGUGGGUGUAUGCAUCGAUACAUUUGUUACAUGUGUAGAGUUGUUCAGGUUAUAUAGAAACACAAAAUUUACCACAAAAGAAAUAGGAUAAAUAGAUGUACUUUUUUCCAGCAGAAAUAAUCUGGUCUGCAGCCAUUUAAGUUACUGUUUGCAGAUUUUUUUUUUUUUUUAAAGCAGUCUGAUUGUUAAAAUGUUGAUAAUGAACUGGGAGCGAUAGCUGGAUCACUGUGCUGGUACAAAAGGCUAAGCACGUGUGGGAGCAGCCUGACAGGUUACAUGUUAGCCAGCCAUAACUAAUGAAGAAAAUACAAAGUAUGAGUUAGUCUGCAGAAAGUAGUGUAUAAGCUAAUUGAUCUGUUCUUUCCAAUGUCUGUCUUCUGAUGUUUUAUGUUAUCAUUAGGUAAAUAAGAAUUUCUGAAGCAUGCCAUAAAUGAAGUUUUACUUCCUAAUGUCAGAAAUAAAAGCUGU